CAUCACCAAACCUUCUGGCUUCUGCACUGCUCUCCUCCACCCCUCAACGAAGCCUCUGGUGCCUCGGCCACCGCAGCAGCCUGGCCCUGCCCCGGCCCCCGGGCGUGGUGUCAGGUCUCAGGUGUGGUGGCGCUUUCUCCUCUCCGGCACGGUGGCCGCGUCAUCCCAGCUCUCCCGCGCGGCGGCGGCGGCCGUUUCCUCUCCUGCGCUCCUCCUGCCGCACACAGCCAGAUCCGCACCCAGUUUCUCUGUCCGCACAAAAUUUUCCUGUGAGACGCGUAGCAGGCGAUGAGGAAGCGGCCCAGCUGGUUUGUUUUUGGCGCCAACGCGUACUAGUCGGAAGCAGCCCACCUUUUGUUGUAAUCAAGAAAUUCCAGCUGAAGUUUGUUUGAGGAUAGGCGACAGCUUUGCGAGUCCUUCGUGUUGAAGGAGAAAUUGUAGCUGAAGUGAAAAAACAGCAGGGAACGAUGGCACUAUCACGAAGUAUGAGAGCAUGUUUGCACAGUGGAAGACUUGCACUUCUUGCCAUAUUGGUCUCUGGUGGAAUUGUAUUGCAAAUCUUGGCUUGUGCUCUCUAUAACAACUGGUGGCCAAUGCUAACAGUUCUCAUGUACCUUAUCCUACCAAUGCCCCUCAUAUUUUUCCUGGGUUCUGAUACUUCCUCCAUGAUGUCCAAUGGGGGAGACGGCUGGGUGAACUUCACGAAAUUCUUGACGGGCGCAUCAAUAGUAGGGAGCAUCGCCAUUCCGUCGAUCCUGAAGCAUGCGGGCGUCAUUGGAUGGGGAGCCCUGACGAUGGAGCUGUCAUCCUUUGUGGUCUUUGGCGUGGCAAUCCUGUGGUUCCUCCAGAUGAACGGUGAAGACGAGUACAGCGGAGUGUUCUAAUCCAAACCUGCUGCUGCUGGUUCUCUUGCCAGCGUGGCACUCUGUGCAUGGUAGUUGUGAACUGGGCUGUACUGCUACAACAGGGGAAGCAUUGCCCUGGGACCUGAUUUACUGACACCAGUACAUGUUUGGUCUGCGAUUUUUGUUUGUCCUCGUA